AUGAACAGUCCUGAAGAUGCAGGUCUCAUAUCAUCCACUUCCCUUACCCUUUCUGAAAGAACUGACGCUCUUGCUGGCAUGAAUGGUUUGAUCUGGCCGAGUGUAGGCGCAAAGCAACGAUUAGAUGAUACCGAAGAUCAGAAACGGGAACGAAUAAAGAAACUCUCAGAUGCGGUUAAAACAAUAUUCGAGUGUAUUGGCGAAGACCCUAAUAGAGAGGGUUUGUUAAAGACACCCGAAAGGUAUGCCAGGGCUUUGAUGUUCUUUUCUAAAGGAUACGAAGAAAGUCUUGAAGAUAUCAUCAAUGGAGCCAUUUUCGAAGAAGACUGUGACGAAAUGGUUAUUGUAAAAGAUAUUGAUGUGUUUUCAUUAUGUGAACAUCAUAUGGUACCUUUUACGGGAAAGAUUAGCAUAGGAUACAUUCCUAAUAGACGAGUACUCGGCCUAUCUAAACUUGCACGUAUUGCAGAAAUGCUUUCGCGAAGAUUGCAAAUACAAGAACGGCUCACAAAACAGAUUGCCGUCACGUUACAAGAGAUUCUAAAACCUCAGGGCGUUGCCGUUGUCAUGGAAGCUAGCCAUUUAUGCAUGGUUAUGCGAGGUGUUCAAAAACCAGGUAGCAUGACAGUAACCAGUGCUAUGCUUGGAGUGUUCCGGGAACAGCAAAAGACCAGAGAGGAAUUCUUAACUUUGAUAAACCGUUGA